UACAGGUUACCAUUCUUCUUAAAGUCCACCACCGAAACUUGACAAACCUUGUAGGGUAUUUGAACGAAGGAACUCAUCUUGGCCUCAUUUAUGAGUACAUGGCCAAUGGAAGUUUAGCACAGCGCCUUUCUGAGAUAAGUUCAAGUGUCAUAAGUUGGGAAGAUAGACUCCGAAUAGCAAUUGAUGCAGCGCAAGGACUAGAAUAUCUGCAUGCUUGUUGUAAGCCACCAAUUGUCCAUGGAGACGUGAAACAUGCAAACAUCUUGUUAGCUGAAAAUUUCCAAGCUAAACUUUCUGACUUUGGUCUUUCCAAGAGCUACCCAACAAAUGAUAAGACUGGUUACCUUGACCCAGAGUACAAAACAUCAAACAGGCUGAGUCCAAAAAGUGAUGUGUAUAGCUUCGGCAUCGCUCUGUUGGAGAUAGUGAGUUGCAGACCAGUGAUAUCGAAAUCCCAGGGCCAGAAUUCAGUUCAUAUAGUUAAAUGGGUUGGUUCCAUGGUUGCACAAGGUGACAUUCGAAAUAUAGGAGACCCAAGAUUAAAAGGAGAAUAUAACAUACAAUCUGUUCGAAAAGCAGUGGAAGUAGCAAUGGCUUGUGUAGCAGUUAAUUCUGAGAGAAGGCCAACAAUAAAUCAAGUGCUGGCAGAACUGAAAAGUUGCUUAGCCACAGAAUUGAGCCGAACACCUGAUAGUCACCCUUCUAAUUCAACAGAGUCCGUUGAAAUGACAUCCAUCUACAUGGUUUUGCCCCCUCAAUCAGGUCCCAUGGCAAGGUGAAGUUCAUUUGAACAGCAUCUUGCUCUUUCCCAUUCAUCUGAUAUUGGGGGUUUACCUUCCAGAAUUCAUCUAAGUUGUUAGAUUUUAUCAUUUGCCAUUGAAACCUGAAAAGGAUAAAUUUCGCCUUCAACACCAACAUAAAUAUCUAUUGUUAAUAGAAUAAUGUGAAAAACUGUUAUCUAAUUUGAUUUGUCUUUUGGUGGUGUUGAAGAAAACUUUCUUAUCACAUGAGCGAAGUAAAUAAAUUAAUUCAUAAAGCAGCUUCAUUCC